AUGCCUCACACCAAUUUGUUUCUUUCCUUUUUACUUCUCUUUGUCACCCAACCAUAUUGUCAGAUCCUAACACUUGCUGCUGAUGUUAGAGGCCAAUGGAAACUACUGCAGAAAAGCAUUGGCAUAUCAGCUAUGCACAUGCAACUCCUCAACAAUGACCAUGUCAUAAUGUUUGAUCGAACAGACUUUGGCUAUUCGAAUCUGUCGCUACCGAAGGGAAAGUGCCGCUAUGAUCCUGGGGAAGAAGUUCACAAAAUUGAUUGCACUGCGCAUUCCAUAGAGUAUGAUGUUUUGACAAACAAAUUUAGGCCACUUAUGGUUCAAACUGAUGUUUGGUGCUCUGCAGGUGCUGCCAUGCCUAAUGGUACUCUGAUCCAAACCGGUGGCUAUAGAGAUGGUGCAUUUAGGGUCAGGAUUUUCACCCCAUGUAAUAGUACUAUUGGCUGUGACUGGGUAGAAGUUCCAAAUGGGCUUAAGAUGAGUAGAUGGUAUGCCACUAAUCACAUCCUACCGGAUGGCCGACAAAUUAUUAUUGGUGGAAGAAGACACUUCAACUAUGAAUUUUAUCCAAAAAAUAAUGCCCCAGAAGCGUAUAGUUUUCCCUUUCUAUUGCAAACCUAUGAUCCUUACAUUGAGAACAAUCUGUACCCGUUUGUUUUUCUCAAUGUAGAUGGAAAUCUAUUCAUUUUUGCCAAUAAUCGAGCUAUUCUGUUCGAUUAUAAGCAGAAAAAGGUGGUCAAGACUUAUCCUACAAUACCUGGAGGUGAACCACGAAACUAUCCUAGCACAGGUUCUGCAGUGCUGCUUCCUUUGAUGUUACAAGCUGGAACAAAUAAUAUUGUAGCUGCUGAAGUUUUGGUGUGUGGAGGUGCACCCAAAGGCUCUUUUAUGCAGGCGAAAACGGGUAACCAUGUCAAGGCUUUAGAUACAUGCGGCCGAAUCGUGAUAACUGAUGAGAAUCCACAGUGGUCUAUGGAAACUAUGCCUCAAGGCAGGGUAAUGAAUGACAUGAUACUGCUUCCUAAUGGCAACGUUUUGAUCAUAAAUGGUGCAAAAGCUGGUACUGCUGGGUGGGAAUAUGGGCGGAAUCCAGCCUCGAAACCUAUCCUAUACCAACCUAACAACCCAAGAGGGUCAAGAUUUGAGUUACAGAAUCCAAGCACAAUACCAAGAAUGUAUCAUUCCACAGCAAUUUUGGUUCGGGAUGGUAGGGUUCUUGUUGGUGGUAGCAAUCCUCAUCGCUUUUACAAUUUUACAGGAGUCCUAUUCCCAACGGAAUUGAGUCUAGAGGCAUUUCAUCCUUCAUAUUUGGAAGCUCAAUUUGACAAUUUAAGACCGAAAAUAAUCUGGCCAGAUGCUACAUCCAACAUUGGUUAUGGACAAAAAUUAUGGUUAAGGUUCAGGGUCAUAGGUACGCUUGCUGAAGAUAAGGUCUCGGUAACUAUGGUGGCACCGCCAUUUAACACGCAUUCCUUCUCUAUGAAUCAGAGACUUCUGCUACUUGGGAUCGAGAAGGUGACAAAUGUGGAUACAUGGACAUAUGACAUUCAGGUUAAGACACCUUUUUCCGGCAAUCUUGCACCCUCAGGAUAUUACAUGCUGUUUGUUGUUCAUCAAGAAAUUCCAAGUGAAGGCAUCUGGGUCAAACUCAUGUGA